UGUGUUCAUUUUUCUUCUUCCUCUUCUUCUACUUCCACCUUCCUGUGUUGGCAACGCGAAGAUCGCAUCUUUGUUCGACUCGCGGGCAGUGUGAACGUCGGUAGACUGGUUCUAGCUGAGUCUGCAUCGGUUUUGUGGGUCUCGAAGUGCCGGAGUUCUGUGCAGCAGCUUGCAAGAGUUGUGUUUGUUGUAACAGGCUGCAUUAGUGGUUUUUGGGGUUGGAUAGUUGUCUCCUGGUUUCAAGUCUGGGCUUCGAGGUCAUGAUUAGAAGGGUUCUGGUGGUUUAAAUGCACUUUUGAAACUGAAAACCCUUAGAUUACGAACGUCGCCCGCAAUUGAGUUUGUUAUGUGUUUUCUUUUGGGUUUGGAUGCGGUUUCCUGUCUAGCUGGUUUCCCUCCAUUUGGCUGAGAAGUGGGCAGUCUUACGUCUUUUGUUGGAGAGAUGAGAAACAACCUUCAUGUCGACGGGUGCGCAAGAGGUGCAUUUGUAUCUGCUUGUGUCCUCGUUCCGUCUCUUUGUGUGGACUUUCGUGCACUUGGGGAGAAGAAACUAGAUUUUUGGUAAUAGCCGUAAACUGGGUUGUAAUGUUCCUCGUCUUUUUUUUCAUAUCUGUCAUCUUGUCAUGAUUGUCAGAAGCGACUCAACCAAUACUUUGGAAACAUUGUUCUUGGGUCUGUGUGGUGUGUCGUCUUUUUUGACUUGAAGGCUCGGAUUCCGCCAUCUUGCGGACUGCACCAGGAAUCCUGUAAUGUGAAGGUGUGUGUAUUUGGGGCAAUCGACAAAGCAUAUAAAGCACGAUGAGGUUUAAAGGGGCAACUGGAGUUGCAGCAGUAGCUGCAACCGGAAACUUUCUUCAAGGUUGGGAUAUUGGUGCAACAGCAGGUGCGCUUCUGUAUCUAAAGCCCGAGUUUCAUCUCGAAUCAACUCCCACCUUGGAGGGCUUGGUAGUGGCCUCGACUUUUUUUGGUGCUGCAGCUAGUGUAAUCGUGGCUGGCCCAGCCGCGGAUCGGAUGGGUCGCAAAUUUGUGCUCUUGAUAUCAGGGCUUUUGUAUUCCACGGCAGCAAUGCUAAUGCUGUGGACUCCAACUGUGAACAUACUCAUCCUUAGCCGGGUCGUAGUCGGGCUGGCAAUUGGUUUAGCAACCACAAUUGCACCCGUUCUGAUAUCAGAAUCUGCGCCGACCGAGACUCGGGGACAACUUGCAACGUUUCCUCAGCUGCUGGGGUCGUCGGGGCUCUUCUUUGCGUACGUCAUGGCCUUUGUCCUGUCACUUCAAGACAAUCCCAACUGGAGAUCCAUGCUAGGAGUGUUAGCCAUACCCUCCUUCAUCUACGCUAUUCUAUGUCUGUUUGCCUUGCCCGAGUCUCCUCGGUGGCUUGUGAGCAAGGGACGCAUGUACGAUGCUAAAGUGGUGCUGCAAAACCUUCGAGAGGAGGAAGAUGUCUCAGAGCUUGCAUUGUUGGUUGAGGGUGUGGGAGUUGUGGCCGAAUGUCGCCUAGAAGAAUGGCUGAUCAAACCCACCGAGGAUGAGGAUUACGAACAGUAUAUAGAUGGCAACCAGAUCAAGCUCUUCGCCCCUGAUGAACGUGUCAAUUGGGUGGCCACUCCCAUUGUCGAUGACUGGGGAUCGCAACAUCACAGUGGACUUGCCCGGACGGGCAACCGUGAUCUCCUAAGCGUUUUCCCCAAGGUAGAUCCCAUGGUUACGUUGUUGGGAAGCUUUCAGAACACUGACCACUUCAUGCACUCACGGGAAUUUUUUGACGAUGACUAUAAACCCGAGCACUGGGACGAAGAAGCUCCAGAAACGCCGAGAUUUGGUGGUAAUGGAUACUACUCUGAAACCGAUAUUGGCGGCAUGGUGGGUGACCGCGACGCGCAUGACCAUCUACGGCGUCCUCUACUUGGCGGUAGUAACUAUGGAAGUGGCAGAUUUGGCAAUGCCAUUUCACGAGGCCGGAACGCUUUUAGUAUGUUUGCGCCCGCCAUGUCAUUUCGAACGUCUCCUCGAAUCUCUCCUCGAAUUUCCCCUCAAAGGUCUACGCAAAGCUCAAGACCAAGUACUUGCGAUAGUGCAGUGCCGGAGUCUCUGGGAAGUGUCGGUGUGGGUGGAGGGUGGCAGCUAGCUUGGCAGAAGGAUGCCAAAGAUGGUUCACUGAAGAGAGUAUAUUUAAAAAGCGAGGGGGGUGACUUGUCCAAUGUAACCCAGAAUCCUGCUGGGUUUUCUGGGCUUGUUUAUUUUCACGGUGAUCAUAUAACAUUUCCGGCUGCUGUAUUGGUGGCUCAAACGGCCAUUAACCGUGCUCUGCUUAACGAGCAUCCGGUGGGACCUGCUACGCUGAAUCCCACUGAGGCAGCCAAGCACAGCCAUGUGCUGUCAAGCUUGAUGGAAGGUGGUGUCCGGCGUGCCCUUGCUGUUGGCGUGGGCAUGCAGGUUUUGCAGCAGCUUUGUGGCAUUAAUGUUGUGUUGCACUUCAUCCCUCAAAUUUUAAUGCAAUCUGGGGCUGGAGAGUUGCUUGAAAGUAUUGGUAUUGAAGAGGAAUCGGCGUCCAUCUUAGCUAGCGGCGUAACUUGUUUACUCAUGCUACCAUGCAUUCUGAUGGCAAUAUGGCUUAUUGACAAAUCCGGCCGCAGGCAAUUGCUAUUAGCGACCAUUCCAAUUCUGGUUAUUUCUCUUGUGGCGCUUGUGCUGGCCAACAUGUUCCUCCCCACAGGUCUGAUGGCUGCAGCUAUUUCCUACAUGUUCAUCGUCAUCUUCACCUGCUCAUCCGUCGCAGGAUUUGGUCCGGUUCCGAACAUCCUGUGCACCGAGAUCUUCCCAACCAGCGUGCGUGGGCUGGGUGUGGGCAUCUGCGCGGCUGCAAUGUGGGGCGCUAACAUCCUUGUAACAUACUCCUUCCCACUUGUGAACCAGCUACUGGGCCUGCAGGGUGUGUUCGGAUUCUUCGCCAUGCUCAGCGUGGUGGCUUGGAUCUUUGCAUUUCUCAAGGUUCCAGAGACCAAGGGCCUUCCUUUGGAAAUCAUCUCGGAGUUUUUUGCGAUGGUCCCUUCUAAGAGGGAGAAAGAUGGCCACAAGGCUGUAGUGUAUUAGCGAAAUCGAGGGACCCAGUAGCUCCAGACAGACAGACAGACAGGCUUAUUCCCCUCUGGGAUCUAACCCUUGAGGAUUGUUGCACUAGCUUCAUGUACAGUUACGGUUUUAUUAGAGACGGAAGUAUCACCCCCAACAUUUCUCAUCCA